UACAAUCAAUUUUUCGUAAAUAUUUCGUUAAUUUAUUUAGAAAUCCCACAGUUUAAUGCACGUUUGCCAACGCGAUUGCAACUCAAUAGCGAUUCACACGGCGAUCGAAUCAAUUUAAAUUUAAAUUUUAAAUUCAAUUUCAACCAAUGAGAAGCAAGAAACCAGUUGUAGCAGACGUCAUUGGAAUGUUUGAUCAAAAGUUAAAUAAAAACGACGAUAAAAGUUUUAAAAUUCCACUUCCGGCAGUUUGGAGGGAGCAACGAAAUUUCGCGGAAGAGUUCAGGAAAAUGUCAGAGGUGAAAAGGCUAGUAAUAUCGUUUGUCCAAUUUUUGGGGGAUCAGCUGCAGCACGGAAGUCUGUCGUCGGAUGCCAAAGAGAGCCUGGAAGUGGCAAUUCAGUGUCUACAGUCGGCGUAUGGAAUCUGUCCAAACAGUGCCGAUGAAGUAAACAAAAGCCAGUCUUUAUUACAGAUAUUUUCGGACGCUACUCGAGAGACUGUUCGAUAAUAUCACCGACAGAUGGCGACAUCGUUACGUCGGCGGAACGAACAUGGCGGCGAUAACACGAUUCAGCACAAAUGUUAACUUUAUGAUUAAUAAUUUGUUUAAAUUGUAUUUAAAUGUAAAAUAUAUCACUUUGUUUUUUGCUAAUUAAACUAUUU